AGUUGAACUGUUGUAGUGGGUGUUGUUGUGGCGCAUUCCCCCCCCUCCCCCCCUGGCACCUGGGACCAGGAUAUUUAUCUUUGCUCGCUCUGACAUAUUCAAAGAUUUCUAACCUCUCUACCACCACUAGAUCUUGAUUAGGUGAUGUAGAAUGGGUAACCUUUUGAGGCUACUAGCGCGAGACGACGCGGGAAACAGCUGCUGCUCCCACCAGAAGUACGAUGUCUUCCUUGACUUCGAGAAUGCGUGUCCCAGCGAGGAGGAGCGGGAGCUGUACGAGGACGUGGGCGAGGUGUUGCGGGGGUCCCAGGCGGUGAUCCACGACCUGCAGCAGUACAAGGGAGCAGCCAAGGAGAUCAGAGAGGCCAUCAGUGACCCCGGAGAUGACUACCAGAGACGAGCGUGGGAGAUGGUCACGCCACUUGUUCAGAAACUUAAGCUAUUCUACCUCUUCUCCAGUGAUAUAGAAAUGAUCGUUCCACGCAUUCUAGCAGAGUUAUGUGGGCCGGAAAUAUCUCCAACACAGCAUUUAGAAACACAGCAAGCUCUUGUUAAACAAUUUGCUGAAAUACUUGAAUUUACACUGAAAUUUGAUGAACUUAAGAUGACAACCCCAGCCAUACAGAAUGACUUCAGUUACUACCGUCGUACCGUCAUGCGCCUCAAGAUUGAACACAACGGUGUGGAGGCUGUUGAAGACGAUGUAACAAUAGACCAUCAACUGGCAAACAAGAUGAGUCUUUUUUAUGCCAAUUCCACACCAAUGCUCAAAAUCCUCAGUGAAGCAACUUCUAAAUUUGUUACUGAGCACAAGGAGAUCCCUUUAGAAAAUACAACAGAAACCUUGGGUACUAUGGCUAAAGUCUGCCAAAGAAUGUUAGAAAAUCCAGACUUAAUAGCCAGGUUCCGGCGUGAGGAGACGCAGCUCUUCAUCUUGCGGGUCAUGGUUGCACUCAUUAUUCUUUAUGACCAUGUUCACCCGGUGGGUGCGUUUGUCAAGGCUUCCAACGUUGAUGUGAAAGGAUGUGUGAAAGUGUUGAAAGAUCAGCCUGCAUCAAGUUCAGAAAACCUUCUUAAUGCUCUCAGGUACACAACGAAGCACCUGAACGAUGACAACACUCCUAAGCAGAUUAAAAUGUUACUGUCAGUAUAACAGUUAAUUUUAUAUUGUAACUAGAAAUUAAAGCAAAAGUAUUAUAAACAUUUUCUAAUGUGAUGUUUUCUCUCAUUAUAAUUUUAGCCCCAGGAUUAUCUGAGCCAUUGCUGGCAACUUUGGUCAAUUUUUACAAAUUGUUUCUUUUUUUUUAUUGCUCAGAUCACACAUUUUCUUUUAAACUUCUGGACUAUUAUUGUACAUUUUUGGAACUACUGGUAUUGUUGUACAGUAUAUCAUUUGGACACAUUUAAUUUGCAACAGUGGCACAUGAGAUUAAUUAUCAUUAUUAUUGUUUUAAUUCAAAUUUCUCUUUAAUUAAAACUAAAUUUAGUAUAUUGUUGAGAGAUAUAUUUUUAACUUUCUGAUUAACAACAAAAGUUGUUAAUAACAAAAUAAUGAAACAGUGAUGAAUCUUAAUUGAUUAAUUUGUUUAUUUUUCAUAAAUGUACAGGCAUUUUACAAUAAAUCUAAAGCUUCAAGUACAUAAGAUGCAACUGUGUGGUUAAUAUUGGUCUGAUUUUGUUAUCCUAUGUAUCAAUUGCCACACAAAAAUAAAUAUAAAAUACAACAGAUCAAAUUUACUGUAGUAGCAGAAGUAUGUUGUGAAUGAGGAGCAAUAUCUUUGUGGCCAGUGAAAUGUUAAUAACUCGGUUGAUGUGAUUUGAUCCUCUGGUUUACUUUAGUAUAUAAUUUAUUAUUCACAUUUACUGAAUAGCAUCUAACUCAUAUAUGAAAAAGUUGAGGGCUUUUGAAAGUUUAUUUAAAUUAAUAGAUGUCAUUAUUCCCCAGUUUCCCACUUUCAUGGGGUGGGGAGAGUUAACAUUAGUUGUUUAUUUAGAUAUAUAAGAUGCAAAAUAUUUUGUUGGUUGUAAUUUGUCUUGUUACAUUUACAUGUUGAUAUAACAUAUGUUUGAGGUGCAAUAGAGGGUCAGCUCAUAUCUGCUAGUUCCGCUGUUGGGUUAUCAUCUGCUCAGUUGUUAGUUUAAGAUUAUAAAUUAGAUACCUAAGGUAGUCGUGUAUAUAAUAAAGCACACUUAUGUUUAUACACUUCGUGAAGAUAAAGUUCUUGUACAUCAUUACCUCUACAAGAUUAAUGGUAAAGAUAUUCCACUUAAAGAGGAAUUAAUAUUGUAUAUGGUUCCCAUUUUAGUUGGGACAUGCCUUGUGUCAUGUGCAUGUACAAUUCAAACUAACAAUGGUAGAGAUGUUCGUUGGUGGCACGCUGUGCCAGUUUCUUAGUGAUCUGCAACAUUGUGUGUGACUUUUCCAUAUUUUUAAUUUUAUACCAGCUUACCAAUCAAAGGCCAAUAGACCACCUCAGAUGCCAAACAGACAUCACAAAUUGCCCACUGAAGUACAAAUACUGUCAACAUAGUCAGAAAAUUAUAUAGUAGUAGGGGAAAUUAGGAAAUGAUGUGGGAAAAUCAGUGGAUAGGUUAAUUAUCUGUUCUGCCACAAAGAAAAUAAUUAUGUUAUUCUGGUAAUUGAUUGUAGUUUUUUGGCUCAUGUUAGAGAGUAAACCUAAAGUUUUGGUAUUUUCUAUAAUAUUUAAUAUGUUUUCUAAACAUAGUUUCUAAUUUAUUAAUACAAAUAUUUUUAUGCCACUAUUUUGUAGGUGGCCACAUAGUCUUUUAAAGAUGAGGUCCAGGUCAUGUGACCCCAGAGGGAAGGUCCAGGUCAUGUGACCCCAGAGGGUAGGUCCUAGUCAUGUGACCCCAGAGGGUAGGUCCUGGUCACGUGAUCCCAGAGGGUAGGUCCUGGUCACGUGACCCCAGAGGGUAGGUCCUGGUCACGUGACCCCAGAGGGUAGGUCCUGGUCACGUGACCCCAGAGGGUAGGUCCUGGUCACGUGACCCCAGAGGGUAGGUCCUGGUCACGUGACCCCAGAGGGUAGGUCCUGGUCAUGUGACCCCAGAGGGUAGGUCCUGGUCACGUGACCCCAGAGGGUAGGUCCUGGUCACGUGACCCCAAAGGGUAAGGCCUGGUCACGUGACCCCAGAGGGUAGGUCCUGGUCAUGUGAACUAAAGGGAGGCAUGGGAAACACAAGUGCAUUUGCAUGCUAAUCACGAAGACUUGAUUGGUGAUACAUCAGCAAAUAUAGAAAAUAUGAAACUCAGAUCUUUAUUACCAAAAAAAAUUAUUAUUGCCAAAAUAUUAAAAUAAUACUUAUCAUAGAUUGGGUAAAUAUGAUGUAGUGUAUGUCCUACCAUCUACUUAUCCUAUGAGAAGUUAAAAAAUGAACUGCAAAAAAAUGUAUGUACAUUCUGUCUUGUAAUGUAAAGAAUAUUACUUUAAGUAUUC